AUCGCCGAGGCCAGUCGUUAAUGGCUGUAAGUUUGCGGGCGCGUUCUUUGGACUAUCGAAGAAGUUGAUUUCAUCCAUAGACAGUGAAUGAGGAACCUACACACGAAGCCACUAGCAGCAAGAAAAUCAUCGACAAUACAAAAAAGUAUAACUUUGAAAAAAAAUACGGCAAGUUUCGAGUGUGGGAGCCGCUAGCAGCAAAUUGUAUUCUUUCAUUACUGCUGUUUUUUGGUCUCUACAGCAUCUUUUGCUUUACGCAUCAGAAGAGGUUCUUAAGUUCUUUGUAGUGAAUGAUUGUAAAGUUUUUGUUGAAUCAGUGCAAACCCAUAUUGAAGAAUAUUGAACGAAGUUGCGAAAAUCUCACUUUUGUUUGAUAGCUCCAAGUGACCUAUAUUCUAUGUAGAAAUUGAAGCUUUGAGGAACAUCCCAAAAUUGUGAACGCUAAACGAAUGGGUCUUUGUUGCAAGGCUUUGGUGUGCAUUAGAGGGACCAAUGUGUGCAGCAAACUAGCUCUCGGCAGCAUGUACUUACCGUACUGGAGCUUACAUCAACUCCUGUAAAAGCCUCGUACGUUCCCUUCGUUGACGAAAAGGGCUGUAAACAAACUUGUACAUUAGUGCGCGUUGUAGGUGGGCAAAGGGUAGCGACGUUGCGGUGUAGGAUGUCAAGAAGCAGUAGUUGAGCAUACGGCAGCAUAGGCAACCAUCAGCCUCCGUUUGCUAACAACGCGGCAACGACGACACACAGUGCGGUGCUUGCCAAGUGUGUAGUGUCAUUUUUAAUGCUAACCUGACCACAGACAGUACGGAAGCCGACGGGCACUGAGCAGAGUUCGUGUAUUUGCUACCACCGAAAGAGCAUGGUAAAUCAUUGGCUCCAUCCGGAUCCAACAUCGUCCGAGCUAGUUACAUCUCCAGUACUGCUCGAGGGACGUCUAUGUAGCUGCCCGAAGGUUGUUAAUUGAAAUGAACUUCUGAUUGCAGCAGCUGUGUUUCGUUUCACAAAAAAAGAAUAUAAAUUUUCGUUAUAGAAGUGCAUGGCUGUUUCCAGCAGGAGCAAAAGUUACAAAAAAGUGUCUGCCUGUCGGAGAAGUCGAAACACAUGGGACAAGUAGUCAGGCGGUAAAGUGUAAAGUUUUUAAUUGAAGAAGUCAACCAAGACAUAUCACGGAGGUGAUAGGGGUGUGGUGCAAAAGUUAGACUCAAGUGACACUAAGUUUGUUACAAUGGUCGCUAUAAAGCUACGAAAAUCAGGAAUCAACAGCGGAAGGAAGUGAACAUAAAGAGCCGAGUGAACGAGAAAACAGUAGCUUUGUAGUAAAAGUCGUCUGAAUUUCCAUUCAGUUAGUUAAAAGAGCGUGAGAUAAGCAAAGAAAGGAAAACAAAAACGAAUGUGCAACGGAAGCUUAUCGGAAGAGGCAGCGUGAAGCAAAUUACCUUUCAGUUUUCUGCGUAGCUUACGGGUAAGGAGCGCAACAGUGCGGUGGGAAGUGACUGGUGGGCAGUAAGUGGAGGCGCAUUGUGGCGUGUGGGAAAGCAACGAAAUCAAAGGUGUCUGAUAUCGGCGAACCGAGCGAAGCGGAUCAACAGCAGGCGGACCGAUGUAGUGAUAAUCUGCAACCACCAAUUUCGCCAUCGCCGUCGAUGGCAACUAUUGAUUCAGCAUCAUCCUGGCAUGGAGGAGGAACCUGUCGUAAUCAAUGUGCCACGCGGAUUGCCGAGCUGGCCAGUUUUCAAUUUCUAUUCGCAGGCAUCAGCCACUCGAAAUGGAACAAACAGCCAUAGCGCAUAGCAUGGUACCUUCUGUUGAGAAUGUCUCGGACGUAAAGUUAUCACAAAACGUCGACCGGAAGCGCGGCAAUUUGGACGUGAAUCUGGAUCGAAAGUUCCUAACCAAUAAUAAUAGCACUAGCAUGAAAUGUUUGCAAUUCAUUACACCACCUGAUCCACCGCCGCCGCCAGCUCUUUUGUUCGAUUUCGUAGUCGAAAAGACCAUUCAGAAUCAACAACAGCAAAAACUGCAACACAGUCUCCUAGAUAGCGAUCUUAAAAGUUUUGAAAACCUUAGCUUUACUAGCAAUAGCGACAAGCAGUCGGCGAAUAGUCAACUAGAUAAAGUAGCUUCAACCAAUUUUUCUAGCAUAAUAACACAGCCAGUAAUACGAACCGAAGAGAUAGACGAAAAGGAAGCUAGCAUGCCGAAAACAGAUCUGGUAGAUAAUGACGAUCUGAUAGAAGCAAGCAAUAGGAGCGAAUCUCAGCUGGACAUCCACACUGCGGGAGUGUCAUUCAGGGGGCGUGUACUUCCUAAGCUGCAGACACUAGACCAAACUCGACCAAUUUAUCCGAACGUACCUUAUAGCCCGUACAACAGUCCUUACGGUAGCCCACGAAGCGGUCGGCGGCGCGCUCCGCUGCGGGAAUCCCGCCGGGUGUCGAUCGAACAGUCGGGCAGUUUCCUACAGCUGAAUCAGUACAAACUCUUAGAUCAAAUUGGACAGGGUUCCUAUGGACUGGUAAAACUGGCAUAUUCAGAAGAAGAUUCCACACAUUAUGCCAUGAAGAUUCUCUCUAAGCGCAAAUUGCUUCGUAAGGCGGGUCUUAUGCGCCGUGGACCAAAGCGAGGUACCUCUCCGCUCGAUAGGGUGUAUCGAGAAAUUGCUGUGCUCAAAAAGCUGGAUCACCCCAACGUAGUGAAACUAGUCGAAGUUCUGGAUGACCCCUUGGAGGAUUCAUUGUACUUAGUGUUUGAGCUAGUACAGCACGGAGAAGUUCUUAGUAUACCUACCGAUACUCCGCUGAGUGAGGAACGUGCCUGGAAUGUUUUCAGAGAUGUUAUUUUGGGAGUUGAAUAUCUUCAUUACCAACGGAUAAUUCACGGCGAUCUUAAGCCGGCCAACUUGCUGCUAUCCGAUUCGGGUAGUGUAAAAGUUGCCGAUUUGGGGGUUUGCAAUGAAUUCCUCGGUGAAGAUGCAGCCAUGAAUAACGGAUCGACAGCUGGUACACCUGCUUUCAGAGCUCCAGAAACGUUGCUUCCCGGGCAGCUAGUUUACAAUGGAAAAGCGGCAGACAUAUGGGCACUAGGGGCAACGCUGUACUCUCUAGUCCACGGGAAUGUUCCUUUCAUUGCUACUUCGGUUCCUGGUGUAUAUGAAAAAAUCAAAAAUGACCCUGUGAAUUUUUCUCCAGCCGGUUUAAUUAGCUCGGAGCUUCAGGACCUGAUUGAAUCUACGCUGCACAAAGAUCCUCAGGCUCGGAUAACGCUUCCCCAGAUUAAAGAACAUUGUUGGAUCACGAAGUUCGGUCUGCACAGGUUGCCAAGUGAGGAGGAAAACUGCCGACUGGUCCAAAUCAGCGACGAAGACAUGACGUCUGUUGUGAAGAGCAUUCCAAAACUGGACACCCUCAUACUUAUAAAGACCAUGCUGAAAAAACAUUCGUUCCUAAAUCCUUUCACUAAGGCCAUUUCUGGCAGAACACCACAGCUGGGAGGCUCUAGAAUCGAGCGGUUUAGCCGAUCUGGUCGGUCUAACUCGGCACCCGGAGAUUAUCACACAUCGGAAAGGCAACCUUCCAAUGAAUCUCUGCUACCGUCGGUAACCGAAGGCGUGUCCAGUCCAAACGAAAGCCCGGAAGAGCUACCAUCGCCAGGCAAAUCGCCUGCUGGAACUGAAUUGAACACUUCCCAGCAAUUAUUGAAGAAAGCGAUUGCUGAAUACACCGAGCAACAAGAUUCAAACCAAACCUAUCCCGGGACCUCGGAGCAAAUGGUAACUGAUGACAACACCGCAUAGAUGUAGUCUGCUGCUUUUAGAAACUGCACUGCGCUUCGUCGUACUCACUCGAAAGAUAGACAUUUGAAUCAUUCCUUUCUCUUUUUUCUAGCACAUGCCAAAUCAAACAUACAUAGAAAUUCUUCUCUGAUUCGAUGCUAGUGAAUUCUUCCUCUUUUCCACGUUUCCAGAGAUCUUAAAACCGGAAGCAAUCAUUCAAGAGCUAAUCAGAUUUGGCUGUAGACAAAACGUGAUAUGUUAGAUUUGCAUUUUGGGUUCCAGUUUAUGGGACUUAACUAGACAUUAUUCCGUCUAUUUGGUAGAAAUUGUAAAUCGUAAGUUGUAAGGUAUCCAUAGAUCACGUUUAUUUUUCAUUUUAAUGUAUUGUUCAAUUUUAUUCGUACUUACAGUGUAUACAAUAUUUUGACAAAUUUUCAUAUCUUGCCGUUAUCAGAAAAGAACUAAACGUAAAGAAUAGCUUUGAACAUGUUUUUAAAUGUUGUUGAUAAAAGUUAGAUACAGAGAAAUGUACAUAUUUUACAAUUUUUGAUCUUUUAAAACGUAACCAACUAAGCCAUGUGUUUUAGGAAGAAUAAUAAUAAUUACAUUUUCGACCAAAAAUUGAAUGUUAAAGUUAGAAUAACCCGAUAAUGAAAAGUCUGUUUCAAAAUAGCAGAAUCGGAAUUUCAGAAAGUUACGCUUUAACAACAAAAUACUUAUAGAAUAUAAUGAAUAAAACCGGUACAACCGGCUUAUAACGUUGUUCGAAAAUAAAUUUGGCCAAAACACUUAUUGCAAAACAUCAUACUUAAAAUCUUAUGAACGCAAUUUUUCAUAGAUAUAUUACGUAAACUAGCAGAAAAAACUCUUUGGCGUCAGAAUCUCACUGUGAAAUUUCUAAAGCAAAAAUAGGAUAAACGUUUGUAUAACAACAGAAAUAACCCACAAUGAUAGAUUUUCAUCCACUUAAGCUUUUAUAUCAAUCCUAAAGCAUACUUAACUACAUACUUGAGCUGACCACAUUUUCACGUUUUAUUGACAUGUGCACACAAGGGACCAUUCAUGUUUUGAAUACCUAGUUGCACUAAUCAUAUAGACUACUAUCAAAAAUGUGUGUAAAUUACCAUCUCUUACAGCCCCCAAAGCAAAGCACUGAAUUCAUGCUGCUUCUUGGCAAAGUACUUUCCCCGUAUCGCUCCUAUCAGUAAAAUUACGAACAUACAAAUAUCAUCCCAAAAAUUGAUAGAGUCAAUACAACGAGCAAAAUUUAAAGUUUAUAAAGCAAUUAUGUGAUUGUUGAGUCCAUUCUAACAGUGUAGGAGCGAUGAGGACGCAUUGAAAAAUCAAUUAUUGAAUUUUUUAAAACCGUCGGUCCAUUAAAUGUUAAGCUCAAGUGAGAUAAAGACAAAAUCGUUUAGCGUAUUAAGAAGAGAUACUUGAGCGAAUCAAAUGUAAACUAUGAAACCACUCCUUUGAAAUAAUAUCUCAGCAUAUCAGGUAAAACUAAACAUUCAGCUAUAUAUUCAGAAUAUAAGCAUUUAAUCGCUCUCUGGUAAUUUCCGCUUUUAUUACUAUCAUAACAAAAAUUUGAACAAGCAUACUCAAAAAAAACAAUUUCUUGAUAUGAGAACAAUAGUUAAAAUUCAAAUAACCGUUUGUAAUCACAUGACUCUGUAUUUACAAAAUUUGAACAGAAAACACAGUUUCAGCAUACAUCUGCUUAUAUAAAUUAAAAUAAUUCAUCUUACAUUUUUCACAAAUAUAAAAUCGUUACAGAUCGGCGUUAUAGUAGUGUGCAUGUAGGGGAAGGGCGGUAAAGACGGACACUGCGGGAAAGACGGACACUUGUCAUAUUUCAUAAACAAUAAUUUUUUGAAGCAAAUCAAUGAUGGGAAAUGUUUCUAUAGAUUGAAUUAACACUUUUGAACUAAACUGCCGAUUUUUAGCAGCGUAGCUGACAAAUUUAUAAGCAAAACAAAGAAAAAAUGCGUAUAUACGCUAACCGAUGUAAUUUUGUGCGUGAAGAAAAUAGCUGGUAAAUCUUUAAAAAACAACAUAUUCAUGCUAAACCGACGACAUUGCGUUAGUUUGAUCUUUCACUGAAUAUCCAUUGGAAACCUAGUGAAUUUUUGAAUAUUCAGUAAAAAGUUAUUGAAGUUUGAAAAAAUGGUAUCCAAGUCGGGAAAGACGGACACCCAACGGUAGGGAAAGACGGACACACAGAUUUUGAACCCAUUUUGCCCAACAACGAUUUAACAUUGCAAAUACUUACAUAUUAUAUAUGUAAAAGUAACCAGAAGUCAUAUAGCAGUUGCAAUGAGCCAACUUUUAGAAACGAUUAAUUCGUCACCAAUUAAAAUAUUGAAGGGAACCAUACUAUUUUCUCGCUCAAAGGGGGGAUCGGGAAGGGGGUUUUACCAAACCAAUUCUUUCCUAAAUACAUGAUGAAAUAUGUUAAUUUUUCUUAAUACUGUUAAUUCAACGACGCGUGACACCUUUUUGCGUGUGUCCGUCUUUCCCAUAUCAAGUGUCCGUCUUUCCCGCCCAUGCACAGAAACUCUGAUUUAUACAUGAUGUUUAUAAUAUUAAAAAAAGCAUAAAUUUUGGAAGAAAUUUUACAGCACACGUUGUAACUUUAUUAGACAGAGACUUAAAGGUUCAGUUUAUACGAAAAUUGGGAUCAAUACAGUUAUAUUUGAGUAGAUAUUGAGUCUUUACCUUAAGGUGUCCGUCUUUACCGCCCUUCCCCUACUUGAGAGUUCAACAACAAGGUCGUCAGAGUCCUUUUAUGGCACCGAAUAUCACCCUUCUCUUCGCUUCUUCAGUGUACCAACAUGCUCCCAUAGACUCGGGAAACCAUCACAAAAAAAAAAAAAAUUAGUUCAACUAACCUGCUAGCCGUAAUAAGAUCUUGCAACUCGAAACACUAAACAUUGCAGUCUAUAGGUUCUAUUACUUUUUGGGGCAUAAAUAACACUAAAUAAUGAGAUUUCUGCCCAAUUAAACUCAUCACUAUAUUUUCACUUUUUCGCCGUCGAUUUUUCAUUAAUUUUAAUUUAAUUUUAAAACUGUUCACUUGAAUUGAUAUGAAAAACUUUACUUCGUUUCGAUUGAAUUUAGAAUCCGCGACCGUCGUUGUUGUACGUUACCAAGGAAACGGGUGUAUCUGUGGAGUGAUGUCAUAUUUACGUUGAGCAUGAAAUUGACCAAUAAAUUUCGCUAUUAAAUUAACGGUCGUAAAGUGUCGAAAAUAUACUUAUAAAAUUUACUGAUAAAAAAUUCACCGUAAACAGCAUUUUAUGUGAAAAAACUACAGUCGGAUCUCGUUCAACAGCAAACAUGGAUACGCGAUUCUACGUUUCAUAAUUGUUCACAACAGAUUAUUACCUACUACUAGCAACUCUGUUUUCGUCGUGAAAGUACUGAAAUCAGUAAAAAAUGCAACUGGACCCUGACGACCUUCACCUUAAAUUUCUAUAAAAGAAUAAAACAAAUAGAUAUCACAUUGUUCUUUCAUACUUCAAACUAGUUUGUUCAUUCCGUCACUGCUUAAUAAAAUAUUAAUUUAAUUUAUCUAAUGUUAGUUUGAUACAUAUUAAUAAAACACUUCUACUAUCUACAAUAAACUGAGCAUUCCAUAUACUUACGUGUGGUUCCGGUGAAAACAGAUAUAAUUGGAUUCGGACUAAAUACUAUUGAACGUACAAUUCUUAACAACUCAUUUUAUUCCCCUCUAGCCGAAUAUUAUUUGUUCAUACCACCUAACAUUUUCAUGAACUCACAUCAGUUUUAAGUUCGACGGUCUCUAUCUCUUUUAGUUUAGCGAAGGAGCGCAACCAAUCAUUAAGCUAUUCUUAAACUCAGUAGGGUUGCAGCACACUACCAAACGCGAGCUAAGCUUUUCAAAAAUGAUUUUGAGUAUAUCGCACAUGACAUGGUACGAAAUCUAGGUUCUCUUAACUAUACAUUUGAUCAGUCAUACAAACAGGCUACAGUUUUCUCUAAAAUCUUUUCUAUUAUACUAGUAUUUCUCAAAUCCGCAUUGAUAUCUUUAUCUGGAAGGAUAAUAACGAAGAACGACAGUAAAAUCAUAGAAACGGUAAUGCAACAGAAUGAACAAAUCAAGUACUUAUUCUACCUGUACGAAUUUACCUUGCUAAAAACAACAAAAAUACAAAACAAAUGAUUCGAUAAUAUACUGAUUAAAAGAAAUACGAUUUGUUAAAUUUUGCGCAGAUUUUUGUCCCAAUUAGAACGCUUAAGCAUCCGGAUCAAUAGUUUAGAAAUUAGUAAAAAUUGUAUUUAAGAAUUCAUAUUUUGAAAUUGCUUUUCUGGAAUAAAUCACACCAAG